GUAGGCAAAUGCAAGCAGAUGGUCGUUAUAGUGCUUUCGAAAUUUUUUUUGUUCUUGCCAAUAGCGUAACAAAAUCGUUGAUCAAAGCAUUAUGGCUCUCGCAAACAAUAUCACAACGUUUCAUAUUAUGAGAAAAGUUACAGCGGCGUUAUUGAUAUUCUGCGGAUCGAUCAUGCUUUCGGCCAAAUUGAUUAAGGGACAGUGCAACUAUAAUCAAAAUCUAAUUCCCGGUACCACGUAUUACAUCUACAACCCCAACUACCCGUAUUAUUAUCGUGGAUCAGAGUCAUGCGUGUGGACCAUCACCAGCGACUAUCGAGUGAAUUUGACUUGUACCACCUUCGAGCUACCACGGAGUUACAACUGUUUUCAAGACAGUUUAACCGUGCAAAUCAAUUCCACUGCCUCGCAUCGUUAUUGCGGUAACGGGGGGUUCAACAUCGUAUCCACGUCGAGCUCGAUGGUCGUGACGUUUUCGUCGCCUAUAUGGUCGCAGGGUGGUCGUUUCCUCUGCGAGAUUCGGGCCGUGAAGAGGCCGCAAGACUCCAUAGAUUGCCAGUGCGGAUGGAACAAUCCCUCGAGGAUCGUGGGCGGAACCGACACGGGAGUGAACGAGUUCCCCAUGAUGGCAGGGAUAGUGGAUGCUGACGAACGCUCGGUGUUUUGCGGCUCCACCAUAAUAUCCGUAAGAUACGUGCUUACAGCGGCGCAUUGCAUGACGAACAGGAAUUAUACGCGGUUAGGAGUGUUGGUUGGCGAUCACGAUUUAAAUUCGGGUACGGACACAAACGCGACCAUGCUCUAUCAAGUGAGCAAAAUGAUCGUGCAUCCGAAUUACGCCCACGACAAUUUCAACGACGUUGCCCUCUUGAAAACGAGGAGGAAAAUGGAAUUUGGGAAUCAGGUUGGCCCUGCCUGUCUACCUUUCCAACACUCGCCCGACACUUUUGCCGGCUCGUUCGUUCAAUUGUUGGGUUGGGGUACUACGAGUUUCGGUGGGCCACCGUCUGACAUUUUGCAAAAAGUUACCGUGAGCGUGCUCACGAACCUUCAAUGUUCCAAAUUUUAUCCGGAUUUAACGCCUCAACAGAUAUGUACCUACGCGGAGGACAAGGACGCGUGUCAGAUGGAUAGCGGGGGACCGGUUCUCUGGCAAAAUCCUACGACCAAGCGUUUCGUCGUGGUGGGAAUCAUCAGUAUGGGUAUCGGUUGUGGCGACACCGCUGGUGUAAAUACCAGAGUCGGUGCUUACAUAGACUGGAUUGUCUCAGAAACUACAGAUUCUACGUACUGCAUCAUCGAAUAAGACGGUUCGAUCGUUUCGACUCGAUUCGACGCGUUACCACGACGGAUAGCUAAUUUCGUUUUGUUAAUUUUGUCGACGAAGCAAUUUGCAUUUUUUUUUUUUUUUUGAC